GUUACCCCAACAAACAUCACAACAUCCCUGCUCCUAGAGCUCCACCUCCCUUCAAUACUGCUCCUACCCAACCGCCAAAAAACAGGGAUCUACUUUGUAAACCGACCAAAACACCAGAGCAAGAAGGUACCUUUCCCCAAAGAGGCCAUUAUUGUUUGCUCCUUCCAGCUCCUGCCCACAAAACCCCUCUCCCCAAUUACUCCUUCUCUUCCUCCUCGGCCCAUCACAAGCAUCAUCAUCAUCAUCUAUCUGCACUUGAUACUAUACUGCGACGACUCUCUGAACUGAAGCUUGACCUCCCUCUUGCAAAUAGCCGCCACAGCUCUCAUCACUCAUCACACACACGACAACCUUCACCAUGACGGACGUCGUUUCCGAGCUCCCGCACAUCAACGACCACCCGGAGCUGAAGAAGGCCACUGUCCAGCCACGCAUCGUCAGGUCACCCCCAUUCAGCAAGGAGGUCGAGGGCGCCACGCCUGUUGAGGGCGAGACACUUCCUCGCCGUAACCCAGAUCUCCAGGACCGCCUCGUCACCCGCCCAUUCCCCGAUGUUGCCACACUCUUCGAUGUUGUCAAGGUAGCAGCCCGCAAAUAUGGCAACGCAAAGGCCAUCGGCACGCGCAAGCUUCUCAAGACCCAUAAGGAGACCAAGCGCAUCAAGAGGAUUAUCGAUGGCGUCGAGACCGAGCAGGACAAGGUCUGGACAUACUUUGAGCUCAGCGGAUACACCUACCGCACCUUCAUCGAGUACGAGAAGAUGGUCAUCGACAUUGGCGCCGGCCUGAGGAAGCUCGGCAUGGUCAAGGACAACCGCGUACACAUCUUCGCCGCCACCAGCGCCCACUGGCUGGCCAUGUCUCACGGUGCUGCAUCACAAUCGAUGCCCAUCGUCACGGCCUACGAUACCCUGGGCGAGGAGGGACUGAAGCACUCUCUGGUGGCCACUGGCGCCAACGCCAUCUUCCUUGACCCCCACCUUCUCCUCAACAUCGUCAAUCCGCUAAAGGAGGCCAAAGAGAUCAACCACGUCAUCUACAACACCGAGCACGACGUCAACCCAGCACAUAUCACGCGCCUGAAGGAGGCCCACCCCCACUUGACCAUUCUCAGCAUCGACAAGCUCAUCGCGCUAGGCGCGGAGAACCCAGUCGAGCCAGUGCCACCCACUCCCGACGACCUCGCGUGUAUCAUGUACACCUCCGGAUCGACGGGCACCCCCAAGGGUGUUCCGUUGAAGCACAAGAACGUCGUUGCCGCACUUGCCGGCGUGAACGUUAUUAUCGAGAGAUACAUCGGCCCAGGCGACUCCCUGCUUGCAUACCUCCCACUUGCUCACAUUCUUGAGAUGGUCUUUGAGAACUCGUGCUUGGGAUGGGGUGGAACCAUGUGCUACGGCAACCCCAAGACACUCUCCGACUCCUCUGUCAGAAACUGCAACGGUGACAUCCGCGAGUGCAAGCCUACCAUUCUCGUUGGGGUGCCAGCUGUAUGGGAGACCGUCAAGAAGGGCAUUGUCGCCAAGGUCAACGCCGGGAGCCCCAUCGUGAAGAUCCUAUUCUGGGGAGCCAUGUCAUUGAAGAGCAUGAUGAUGUCUUGUGGCAUCCCGGGCGCUGGCGUCCUCGAUGCGGUUGUAUUCAAGAAGCUGAAGGAGGCCACUGGUGGCAGACUCCGAAUCUGCCUGAACGGUGGUGGGCCAAUCUCCAAGGAUACGCAGCGCUUCAUCUCCCUCUCGAUCGGCCCCAUGAUCAACGGCUACGGUCUCACCGAGACCUGCGCCAUGGGCGCGCUUAUGGAUCCCAUGAAGUGGACCGACUCGGCUCUGGGCGACAUCCCCGGCUCCAUCGAGGUCAAGCUCGUCGACUACCCCGAGGCCGGCUACUUCUCGACCAACAAGCCCUCGCCACAGGGUGAGAUCUGGAUCCGCGGGAACAGCGUGUUUGAGGAGUACUACAAGAACGAGGAGGAGACCAAGGCGGCCUUUGGCCCCGACGGCUGGUUCAAAACGGGCGACAUUGGCGAGUGGGACACCAACGGCCACCUCAACAUCGUCGACCGCAAGAAGAACCUGAUCAAGACGCUGAACGGCGAGUACAUUGCGCUCGAGAAGCUAGAGUCGGUGUACCGCUCAGCGACCGUCGUGUCCAACAUCUGCAUCUACGCCGAUCAGCAGAAGAGCAAGCCCGUUGCAAUCAUUCUGCCUGCCGAGCCAGCGCUGAAGAAGCUUGCGGCGUCGAUUGGCAUCAAGGAGGGCAACCUCGAGCAGCUCGUGCAUAAUGCUAAGCUGCAGAGUGCGGUGCUCAAGGCUCUGCAGCAUGCCGGUCGGUCUGGAGGGUUAUCGGGGAUUGAGAUUAUCAGUGGUGUUGUUAUGUCGGAUGAGGAGUGGACACCCCAAAACAACUUCGUCACCUCAGCACAGAAGCUCAACCGCCGCCUCAUCGUCGACACAUACAAGAAGGACAUUGACGCUGCUUACGCGAAGAACAGCUAGGUUUCAUAACCUAUGCCAUGCCUUUACGUGUUUGGUGGGGGGUUGGGGUUGAGAAACGUAGUUUUUAUUUUUGAUACCUUUUGCUUUGAAGGGGGGAAAAUUAUAUAUGUUUUGUUUGAAUGGGGACGUGGUGGAAGGGGAGAGUUGUUUGGAGGGGGUAGUUGGGGUGCGAUGAGGGAUGCGUUGAUGAUGGGAGGGGUUAAUGAGACGUUUACUUUUUUGGUGACUUUCGUAUGCGUUGGAUAAUUGCUGUCUGUUGUGACGUAAAGUGAUGGGACUGGGCGAGAUAUCAAAGGUCAACAGUCACUCUCUCGAAAGGACAAUAGUUAUAGUACUUAAUGAAAUUCUUUCUUGAACAUCAAACU